GGGGCGUAUUAUCACUCGCGAGUCGAAAAUUCGCUUAAAGUCGAAUGUUUUGGCGAAUUAAAAGUUUGGUGGUAUUACCAAUGGCGAACUCCGUAGUUCGUCUUUCAAAACAAAACUGCCAACAUUAAAAACUGAAAGUGAAAUGUCAUUCAUUGUCAUAAAUAUUUAUAAAGUCAGAUUGAAGAAUAUUGUUUUUUGUGAAAAAAAAAGUAAAUAAAAAUAAAGAUGAUUAGCAGCGUUGAACUGUUUUUCGAGGAUGAAAAUGAAGAAGUAACAAAUAAAGAAGAAAAAAUCAUGAUCUGCAAAUUGAGGAGAAGUUUAAGAGAUGCUUCCAACCCACUGGAAGUACCAGAUAAUUUAUUUGUGUUAUACUUUCGGCUUAGCAAACACGCAUUUCAAUAUGUUUUAAGUCAGAUAAGUUCAGGAUUUCAAACGACUCAAAGUUCUGCAAUUCCACCAACUUUAAAACUUGCGUGCGCACUACGAUUUCUCGGAUGUGGAAGUUAUCAAAACAGUGUAGGAAAUGACUUUGAGCUAGGUUUCUCCCAACCUACAGUUUCAGUAGUUUUAAGCGAAGUUCUUAAUUUGCUUGAAGCAAGAAUCUGCCCAGUUUGGAUUAAUGCAGAUAUGUCCACUAAUGAAAAGCAAGAAGCGAGAAACUAUUUUUUUCAAAGAGCAGGCUUACCAGGGAUAGUUGGAUGUGUAGACGGAACUCACAUUGGUAUCAUAGCUCCUGCUCAGUUACAACACCAAUAUUUAAAUAGAAAAGGUUUUUACAGCUUAAAUGCGAUGGUGGCUUGUGACAAUAAUGGAGUAAUACGAUUUAUUGAUGCUAGAUAUCCUGGUUCUACGCAUGACUCGUUUGUGUGGAAUCAUAGUGCGUUAAAGGAUUUGUUGGAAAGGUGGUGGAUAAAUGGAGAGCGGUCAAGAUAUCUUGGAGAUUCAGGUUAUCCUCUACUGCCGUAUUUAAUCCAAUGAGAUUGAAAAUGAACCAUCGGAAUUGGACACUGCUAAUUUAUCAUCAGAAGGUACCCGAAUAAGAAAUGAAAUAUUAUUUUCUCUUUAGGAAAUGUUUUUUUUUUUAUUUUUCUAUUUUAUACUUAAAGCUAAUAAUAAGAUACAGUAGAAUAAUAAAGUAAAGAAGUUAAAAAAAAUCUAUUAAAAAAUUCAUAAUAUAUACACAGAUGAUAAAUAUUAAUAAAAUGAAAAUAAUAAUGAAAAUAAAUAAAGAAUUUAGUUUAGUGAAAAAAAAAAACGAUUUCAUACAUUUAUAUACAUUUGUUCUAAUUCUACUUUCUUAUACUAUUUUGGGUGGUAUUGUAAUUUACAUUCCAGUUUUUUUAUUUUCAAAUCCAGAAGAUCUUUAUGUUGUUGCGCCUUCUGCAAAUUUUCUCUCUCCUUCCGUUUUUCCUUUGCUUUCAGUACCUCAACAUGUUCCUUGUUUACUUCAUAAUUCUUUCUUGAAUAUCUUGCCAUUUCGGAAAGAGAUUUUUGAAUUGAAUCCGACGCAACAAGAAGUUUUUCUUGAGUCUCCGUUUGUUUUUGGAGGAGUUUGACUCGUUCAUCCACAAACUUUCCCCUGCUUCUACGACAUUCGUUGAUUUUUGUUGACUGGGCUGAUGUCAUUG